AUGUGGAACAGAUGUUUUAUCUUGUGUCUCCUGCUUUUGCCAGCGUUUAUAAGUCAAACUGUGCAUGCACAAAGAAAGAAAGGACAAAAGCCAAAUUUACUUGCAAGGAAAAAUGACCUCCAAGAUUCCAUUUGCUUCAUAGACGUUGUCUUCAUUGUGGAUAGCUCUGAAAGUUCUAAAAUUGUCCUCUUUGAUACACAGAAAGAUUUUGUGGACAGCUUGAGUGACAAGAUUUUCCAGUUGACCCUGGGUCGCUCCUUGAAAUAUGACAUCAAACUGGCAGCCCUUCAGUUUAGCAGCUCUGUCCAAAUUGAUCCACCUUUUUCUUCUUGGAAAGACCUGCAGACUUUUAAGCAGAGGGUCAAGUCUAUGAAUUUAAUUGGGCAAGGUACCUUCUCUUAUUAUGCCAUCUCCAACGCCACUAGGCUACUUAAGAGAGAAGGGCGAAAGGAUGGUGUGAAGGUCGCUUUGCUGAUGACUGAUGGCAUCGACCAUCCAAAGAAUCCAGAUGUUCAAAGUAUUUCUGAAGAUGCCAGAACUUCAGGAAUAUCGUUUAUCACCAUUGGACUUUCCACUGUAGUCAAUGAAGCCAAACUCCGUUUGAUAUCUGGGGAUUCAUCCAGUGAACCCAUUCUACUGCUGAGUGAUCCAACCCUUGUAGAUAAAAUUCGGGAUCGCCUGGAUGUUUUAUUUGAGAAGAAGUGUGAACGCAAGAUUUGUGAAUGUGAGAAAGGGGAUCCAGGCGAUCCAGGGCCUCCUGGUACACAUGGAAACCCAGGUAUCAAAGGUGAGCGAGGACAGAAAGGAAACCCGGGUGAUGCUCAAAAAGGAGAAACUGGAGAAAGAGGUCCAGGGGGAAUUCCUGGAUACAAGGGUGACAAGGGUGAACGCGGGGAAUGUGGUAAACCAGGAAUAAAAGGUGACAAGGGAUCCCCAGGGCCAUAUGGACAAAAGGGACCCAGAGGACUUCAGGGCAUUGGUGGACCUCCCGGCAAUCCAGGCCCGAAGGGAUUUCAAGGCAAUAAGGGUGAGCCUGGUCCUCCUGGCCCUUAUGGUCCUCCAGGAGCCCCUGGUAUUGGACAGCAAGGUAUUAAGGGAGAAAGAGGCCAAGAAGGAAGAAUAGGAGCUCCAGGACCAAUCGGAGCUGGUGAGCCUGGACAACCAGGUCCCCGUGGUCCAGAGGGAGCACCAGGAGAGAGGGGUUUACCUGGAGAAGGAUUUCCAGGACCAAAGGGUGAAAAAGGUUCUGAAGGACCAAUUGGCCCACAAGGAUUACAAGGCCUGUCAAUCAAAGGGGACAAGGGGGAUUUGGGACCUGUGGGACCCCAAGGACCAAUGGGUGUCCCUGGAAUCGGGAGUCAAGGGGAACAGGGAAUUCAAGGUGCAAUUGGUCCACCUGGUCCACAAGGACCCCCAGGACAAGGCUUACCUGGUUCCAAGGGAGAAGUAGGCCAUAUAGGACCUACAGGCCCUAGAGGACCAGUGGGAAUUGGAGUACAAGGUCCAAAGGGGGAGCCAGGCUCAACAGGGCUCCCAGGACAGCCAGGAGUACCGGGAGAAGAUGGGGCUGCAGGGAGAAAGGGAGAAGCUGGGCUUCCAGGAGCAAGAGGCCCAGAGGGACCGCCUGGAAAAGGACAACCUGGCCCCAAGGGUGAUGAAGGAAAGAAAGGGAGCAAAGGAAAUCAAGGACAGAGGGGAUUUCCAGGGCCCGAAGGGCCAAAGGGUGAGCCGGGCAUUAUGGGCCCUUUUGGAAUGCCUGGAACAUCUAUUCCCGGACCACCUGGGCCAAAGGGAGACAGAGGGGGACCUGGAAUGCCUGGAUUUAAGGGAGAGCCUGGACUUUCUAUUCAAGGGCCAAAGGGUGCCCAAGGCCCUCGGGGACCAGUGGGUGCUCCAGGACUCAAAGGCGAUGGCUAUCCUGGUGUGGCUGGACCUCGAGGAUUACCAGGACCCCCUGGACCAAUGGGUUUACGUGGACUGGGAGACACUGGAGCAAAGGGAGAGCCUGGGGUCAGAGGUCCUCCAGGUCCCUCCGGACCUCGGGGCAUAGGAACCCAAGGGCCAAAGGGUAAUAUUGGGCAGAAAGGCUUGCCUGGCCCUCCUGGCCCCCCCGGCUAUGGAUCACAAGGAAUUAAAGGGGAACAAGGACCUCAAGGCUUUCCAGGGCCAAAGGGCACAAUGGGUAAUGGCUUCCCAGGCCAGAAGGGAGAACACGGAGAACGAGGUGAUGUGGGAAAGAAAGGUGAUAAAGGGGAAAUUGGAGAGCCUGGAUCUCCAGGAAAACAGGGGUUACAAGGACCAAAAGGAGACGCAGGACUUACAAAAGAAGAAAUUAUCAAACUUAUUAUUGAAAUAUGUGGUUGUGGGCCCAAAUGCAAAGAGAUGCCACUAGAGCUGGUGUUUGUGAUUGACAGCUCGGAAAGUGUGGGGCCAGAGAACUUCCAGAUCAUCAAAAAUUUUGUGAAGACUCUGGCUGACCGGGUUGCUGUGGACCUUGCCACAGCUCGCAUCGGUGUAAUCAACUACAGCCAUAAGGUGGAGAUAGUGGCUAGUCUGAAGCAGUUCUCCAGCAAGGAUGACUUCAAGCUGGCUGUGGACAACAUGCAGUAUCUGGGAGAAGGCACCUACACUGCCACUGCUCUCCAAGCAGCCAAUGACAUGUUCAAGAAUGCAAGGCCAGGUGUAAAGAAGGUGGCCUUGGUCCUUACUGAUGGGCAGACAGAUUCCCGAGAUAAAAAGAAACUGACAGAGGUGGUGAAAAAUACCAGCGACACCAAUGUAGAGGUAUUUGUGAUUGGGGUGGUGAAGAAAAAUGACCCCAACUUUGAAAUAUUCCACAAAGAAAUGAAUCUAAUUGCCACUGACCCAGAUCAUGUUUAUCAAUUUGACGACUUCUUUACCCUACAAGACACCCUGAAGCAAAAGUUGUUUACAAAAAUUUGUGAGGAUUUUGAUUCCUACCUCAUUCAAGUUUUUGGUUCAUCAUUGCUUCAACCUGAAUUUGGGAUGUCAGGGGAGAAACUCAGUGAAUCUACUCCAGAGCCUCAGAAAGAAAUUUCUGAGUCAUUCACUGUCCCUGGAGCCCAGGAUGAAGAGAAAGAGCCCCCAGAGCCCACCUGGGCUGAUGGUCUGGCCACCACCACUACCUCAUCCGAGGCUGCCACCACCCCAUCCAAGGCUGCCACCACCCAUGCCCCUGAGGAAGGGGCAGAGGAUCCUAGAUGUUUGGAAGCCUUGCAGCCUGGAAACUGUGGUGAAUAUGUGGUUCGAUGGUAUUAUGACAGACAGGUCAACUCUUGUGCCCGCUUUUGGUUCAGCGGCUGUAAUGGCUCAGGAAAUAGAUUCCACAGUGAAAAAGAAUGUCAAGAGAUCUGCAUUCAAGGAUGA